AAGUCGCGCGAAACAAGUGUAUCGGCGCCGAUCGACGCAUAAACAAACUUUCGGAUCAUCUGUUUUAUUAUUUUUUCUACCCGGCGUCAAUGGCAUGGAGACACACGAAAGUGAGCAGCUCCUGGUAAACACCAGGAGUUUAUUCAUCACUUCGCUGAUAUCAGGAGGUCUAGCUGGCACAUUUGUUGAUAUUGCACUUUUUCCAAUUGACACGCUUAAAACACGUUUGCAAAGCGAACAUGGAUUUUUACGUUCUGGAGGCUUUGCAAAACUGUACAAAGGCAUUACUCCAGUCAUUUUGGGGUCAGCACCUACAGCUGCAUUGUUUUUUGUUACUUAUGAAAGUAUCAAAAUGCUUCUAGUACAAAGAGUUCCAAUGGAGUAUUCUCCCUUUGUUCACAUGGGUGCUGCUUCAUUUGCAGAGACAGUAUCAUGUCUCAUCAGGGUACCUGUUGAAGUGGUCAAGCAGAGGCGGCAAGCUCUUCUGCCUGAACAUGGAAAAUUUAAUCUUAGGUUACUGUAUAGGGGAUAUUGGAGCACUGUUUUAAGAGAUAUGCCUUUUAGUCUUAUUCAAUUUCCAAUUUGGGAAUAUUUCAAAGUUGCUUGGGCUAAUUAUGUUCAGAGAGAAAUUUUUCCUGUGGAAGGUGCUAUUUGUGGAGCUUUUGCUGGAAGUAUAGCGGCUGCAGUCACAACUCCUCUGGAUGUUGCAAAGACAAGAAUUAUGUUGUCAAACAGGAGUACUAGUAAAGCAGCAGACUUAAAAGUAUUUCGGGUUUUGACAACAGUGUACAGAACAAGUGGAGUAGGAGGCCUGUUUGCUGGCAUUGUACCAAGAGUAACCUGGAUUUCCAUAGGUGGCUUUAUUUUCUUUGGAGUUUAUGAAAAAUCAAAGUCACUUUUGCAUUUAUGAUUCAUCAAUAGGUGAAUAGGGAAUAAGUUUUUGUUAUUUGUUUAUAAAUUUUAGCUGUUGACUUUUAUGUAAUAUGAAAUAAAUAAUAAAAGUUUUUAAAUUA